CAGUGUGCCACAGUUUUAACCAAAUAAAAGAAGCCGCAAUUCUUGAGUUUACAUCAAAAGUUUAUUAUAAAGCAAUGGCUCUGGCCAUUAAAAAGACCCAUGGCUCCUUUGUGGAGACCAUUGAUGGAGCGCCACCGCUAAAGAAGCUUCGCCUACAGACUUUGGCGGCAUCGGCGAUCAAUAGGAGCAAAUCAAAAAGUAAGACAAUCGAAAAGAAACUGCAAGUCCUGAGCCAAUUGGAACCAUACUUUACGGGAGGAGCAACUGAUACCAUAGCCGGUGCAGGUGCAGGAAGUUGUGCCAUUGGAGAUGUUGGCGCUGGUACCAGUACGGCGGUGGAUGCCAACACCACUGUCACAGUAGUAGCGGCUUCCGGUUCUGGUCCGCUUGUGGUCAGUGGUCAGGGUCCGCAGACGACAACAGGCAGCGGCAGUAGUAGCACCACCACCACAACUGGCCGCUCGACCAAGGAACUACUCGAGGUGCUGGUAAAAAUAACCGAUGAGAUCACCUACGAAAAUGUGGACUUGGCGGAACUGAAGGAGGCUUCAACAAAGAUAUUCCAAUUGUAUCAACUACAGGAUCCCGAUAGCGAUACCUCGGUUCGCGUUAAACUGCUCGAACUGCUGUGUGGCCUGGGCUGCGAAUGCACUACGGAACAGGCAAUGACACUUAUUAUUGACUACUUUAUGUAUCUGUUGCGUAAGGAGACUGCCCAAAAGGUGCUGGCCAAGGGCAUGAUGUGUCUGUAUAGGAUUGGCCAACGUCGUGGUCACUUGGUGCCCAUGUCGUAUAAUACGCAGGUGGCCCACCUGGCCAAAGAGCAGCUGCGCUCGGGCUCAACCCAUACACAAAAGAAUGCCAUGUUGGUAAUUGGGAAUUUCUCCACCCGCUUGGAGGGCGAACGGCAUUACGUCUGGAAAUUGGCCUUUUAUAUAGACUCCCAGGACUCUGGUGUUAGGGCACAGGCUCUCCAUGCCCUGCUAACACUAGGUGAACGCGGCUCCAAAUUGCCAGCGGUGCUAUACAAACGGGCUGUCGAGGCCAUGAAGGACGAUUACGAAUGUGUGCGCAUGGAGGCAUUACGUCUUGUCUAUGUGCUGGGAAACUGUCAUCCAGAUCAAGUCAUUGGCUCGGAGGGGCGAGGCGAACAAGAGGAUAUCCGGAUGAUAGAUGCCGCCUUCAGCAAGGUCUGUGAGUCGUUGUGUGAUCUUUCACUUCAAAUUCGAGUCCUUGCCGCCGAAUUGCUUGGCGGCAUGACACAAGUUAGUCGAGAAUUUCUAAACCAAACGUUGGACAAAAAGCUGAUGAGUAAUCUCCGACGCAAGCGGACGGCGCACGAGAGAGGAGCUCGCCUUGUCACCAGUGGCGAGUGGUCUUCGGGGAAACGCUGGGCCGAUGACGCCCCGCAAGAGCGUUUGGACGCCAGAAGUAUUUCGAUUAUAGCCAGCGGAGCCUGUGGUGCUCUAAUCCAUGGGCUGGAAGAUGAAUUUCUUGAGGUCCGAACGGCAGCUGUCGCCUCGAUGUGUAAAUUGGCCCUGUCGCGUCCAGAUUUUGCUGUGACCAGUUUGGACUUUCUUGUAGACAUGUUCAACGACGAAAUUGAGGAUGUCCGCCUGAAGGCCAUUUACAGCUUAACAGCAAUUGCCAGACAUAUUGUUCUUCGUGAGGAUCAGCUGGAAAUUAUGCUUAGUUCGCUCGAGGAUUACUCAGUGGAUGUGCGCGAGGGCUUGCAUUUGAUGCUUGGUGCCUGUCGCGUAUCAACUCAGACCUGCCUGCUGAUGGUGGUACAAAAGCUGCUCGAUGUGUUGGCCAAAUAUCCCCAGGAUCGCCAUUCCACUUAUGCCUGCAUGAGAAAAAUUGGACAAAAGCAUUCGCAUCUAGUGAUGGCUGUAGCCCAGCAUUUGCUCUAUGUGCACCCGUUUUUCGAGACACCCGAACGUGAUGUCGAGGAUCCGGCAUAUCUUUGUGUCUUGAUCUUGGUUUUCAAUGCUGCAGAGCAUCUGGUACCCAUCAUCAGUCUCCUGCCUACGGCAACGCAUCGCCAUUACGCCUAUUUAAGAGAUAGUAUGCCUCAUCUGGUGCCACAGCUGCCCAUCGAAGGAGCCUCUUCCUCUAAUGGCAUGGUGGUCCAAGCCGCUGGCAAAUCUGCCAAUUAUCUCCAAAUGAUCCUCAAUCACAUUGAGGAGAUUUUCACGAUGACCGAUGAGCGAGUAGCAUUGCUACAAACCGCCCAGAGCAAUCUACAGCGCCUGGGAGCCAUCGACUCGGACAUGUAUGGCACAUCCAAUUUUCUGGAGACCUUUUUAGCGGCCCAAAUUCAAAUCGAACAAAUGCAACGCUGUACCAGCACCCAGCGGAGUCGUGUCCCUCUCAAGGAAUCUCUGGCUGCUCUAAUACGCAAUUGCCUAAAGCUGCAGCACACUUUCUCCGGGCUGAACUACGGGGAUAUUUUGCAGGUGAAGCAAUUGCGACUCCGUGCCUGCGCCUUGCAUUUGGUGCUCGUGGUACGCGAUCGUUCCCAAAGCGCUUUGGGUCCAUGUCAAAUGCUUUUACAGACAGCCGGCGAUAUAAGUGCCUUCAUCAAGGCAAAUAGCAAGGAGGAUGAAGAGCAACAGCAAAUGCAACUCCAAUCGGGGGCGGAUGUUUCAAUCAGCAAGGAAAAGUCGUCAUUAUCCCACACAACAUCGACUGAUGCCCAGCCAGAUAGCUUUACCCGUCAGCUGUUGGGCAAAUUAGAUGCUAUUACCGAUCCAAAGCCUGGCCGAGUAUUCCGUGAAAUAUUGCCACUGGUCCAGAAUGCUCCCCCUUUGGCCUUGCCUCCGGCUAACGAUAAAAUACGUCGAUGUGUGGCCAAUAUUUUGGAGCCAUGUCCAUUGCAGUCGCAGGAUAAUGUGAUUAAGGUGACGGCAGGCCUUAUAGCUGCCGUGCCAUUUGUGGCUGAGAUUGACAAUCUGCUGGAAUCGCAAAAGGCGGACAUGCGCAUCAAAAUCAAAUAUCCCGAUCAGCAUAUGCACACGGUAGUGCCCAAAAUGUCCGACUUCAAGCCCAUCAUGACCGAGCAGGGUGAGCAUGAGACCAAUGUGCGUCUGAGGACCACCAUUCUAGUGUCCCAUAGUGUCUGGACGGAGGCAUCUCUGGUGGAAAUUCAGCUUUGUCUGGCCGUACGACCAGGCAGCGAGCUAGAACUAUGCAAACCGGCAAAAGUGCUGUUUGCACCCAAGCCAGUGCGUCGUGGCAUUUAGCUUGUAAUUAUAGUUUCUAUAUGUAUGUGUAUAUUUAUAAACGACAUCUGUAUGUUAUGAAAGGAAAAUAAUUAUUAAAGACAAAAACUAUUUUCGAA